AAAUGCUUGAUGCUAAACACGCCUUCUGGCCCCUGGACCUGACAUGGCGUCCAUGGCUGUGUGGGCAGUGGGCACAGAUGGGCUCAAGGAGGGCAUGGGAAUCGAGCACCGCAGGAUCGUGAUGUGGUACAAACUGCGGAUGACAGUAUCGGAUACCAGAAAAGAGAAAAAGACAGUUUUCCUCUCGAUAGACUCAUUCGGGCUUCACCCUGACUUCCUCCCCAGCAAUAGACCUUGAAUCCUGAUUGUCCUGACCACGAGGUCUGCGGCGUCUUGUCGAUCCCUCUUUCCGCUAUCAACUGUUUACAGACCUGAAAAGUUGCAGCUCUCCGCGUCACCCAAGAAAAAGUGGUCAUACGGUCAUUUAAUUCGCUCGACUGCCUCUAUUGAACCUGCAAGCAUCAAAGGCCAGACGUCCAGGAUCGGCAGGUUCCUUGAUUCCCUGGCUUCAUCGUCCGUCAAUAUCACCAAGCACUGCCCUCCUCUGGGUUGCUGACCGACUGCGGUGACAUCUGACCCUCGUUUGAAAUUCCGCACCUGAUCUUUCUCGACUAUCCCUCAUCGCCUGCAAGAACAACGCGCCCCAACCCUCGACACACACUCCCACCACCUCCAGGCAAUAGACCACGAGUACCAACUCCUGAAGAUAUCGGACAUCCUGCGGUAAAAGAUGAUAUGAGCAUGCCGAGUGGCUCCUGAAGGCAGAUCAACAUGGCGAACAGUGCAGACAACCCGGACAAUGACGAGAAAUUUGAGGAUGCCAACGAUGUCAACAAUGAUUCAAAGCGGAAUUCUUCCCACUCGGAUCAACCUCCGCAGGAGCCCAAGGAUUCCGAUGCUCCUCCUCCGACCUCGAACGACCACGAGCAAUCCAAAGGCGAGCAAAGAGAGAGCACGGGGGGCACAGAGUCGAAGGUCCCUGAUAUAACUACUGAUGAUACAAGCGCGGUGGAUGAUUCCCACGACGCCCAGCAAACACCGACGUUAAAACCCCCCGAACCCUCCACUGACACCGCCGGCGAUCCUUCAGAGAAACCUGUCCCCCCUAAGCCUGCUACUCGCCCUUCGAGAUUCCAAGGCUUUUCUGCCUCCCUACCAUCAGUGCCUUGGGGACCGCCUCCUCCCAGAAAAGCUUCAGACGCCCGAGCACCGUCUCCGCAACCACCUCAACCACAAUCGACCUCCUCCUUUAGCCGCAAAGUGACCACUCCUUUCGGAUGGUUGAGCCGAGCAACAUCGGCUCCAAAAGAGACUCGUUCUCCUCCUUUACCCUCGAAAUCACAACUUGAUACACGGCGGAAUACGGCAGCAUCAGCAUCCACUCUCGGCAGCAACGCGGAUCUGACGCUAAAGGCGCUAGAAGAGUCUCAAGAUGGGUCAAGCGGCCAGAAGCAGCCCUCUAGAGCAUCGCUCCGCGAACAAUUUAAAAUGCUCCGGCUGCGGGAAGAAGCGGGCAUAACAAGCUUGGAGGGAGCGGAGUCAUCUGAAGGAGGUGCAAUAGCAGGACUUAUAGGCCGGUCGGCUAGUUUGGGUGUUGGAAUUGCCACUCCGGGCAGUGUCGGUCAGGAUGAAAAUGUUGUGUCUACUCCUGUCAUGUCUCCGUCCUCGCCCAUGGUCGAAUCACUACCCACCAAUCCAAAUUUGCCUCCCGGAACAGUAGCAGGGGUGGCAGCAGCAACUGCAGACACGAGCACCCCGAUUGAUUGGGACUUCUGGCAAAAUGUUGUCAAUGAGGGUCCGCAGGCUGUUGCUCGGACAAGUCCUGAUGAGUUCACGCAAGCCAUCAGUGGUGGAAUCCCACAGACCAUCAGACCGGUUAUAUGGCAAGUGUUAGCAGGCAGCAAAAACGAGGAUCUGGAAGCCGUCUAUUGGGAUCUCAAGUCCCGAGGCCCACACUCGGAAACAAAAGAGGGCAUGGCUAAAUCUCCUUUACUGAAUGGGCAUGUCAACGGCAGCGCCAAAGAGAAAGAAUCAGUAGCAUCGUCGAGAUCGUCGAUAAGAUCUGAUCACUCAACACCUGCCACCAGCUCCAAUGUAGGCGUUGCAUCUCCUUCGCCUUCCCAGGAAGCAACAGAUCCUAUGAGCACGGCGCGGCUCCAGACUCAACUGGCCGCAGAAAGGGCGAAAAAGGCCAAAGAGGAUUCUGCAGCACUGGCAAAGCUGGAGAAGAUGAUCAAGCGAGACAUGGGCUCGAGGACCAGCUACUCGAAGUAUGCGGCAGCAGCGGGCCUUCAAGAUGGACUAUUCCACGUGUGCCGCGCAUAUGCCCUCUUUGAUGACGCCGUCGGAUACCCUCAAGGCCUGAACUUUAUCAUCAUGCCUCUUUUGUUCACGAUGCCCGAGGAAGAAGCUUUCUGCCUCCUUGUUCGAUUGAUGAACAAAUACCAACUCCGCGAUCUUUUCAUCCAGGAUAUGCCCGGAUUACAUCUACAUCUUUAUCAGUUUGAGCGGUUACUAGAGGAUUUGGAGCCCGCAUUGUAUUGCCAUCUCAAUCGCCGAGGUGUUACCCCCAAGCUCUAUGCAACACAGUGGUUUCUGACAAUGUUUGCAUACCGGUUUCCGCUUCAACUGGUCAUGCGGGUCUAUGAUUUGGUCCUGUGCGAAGGGCUCGAGGGUGCGAUUUUGAAGUUUGGAAUGGCUGUCAUCCAGCGAAACGUAGCCACGCUGCUGGUAAUGCAGGAUAUGCAGAGCCUCACAAACUUCCUCAAAGAAAAGAUCUUCGAUGUUUAUAUCGAUGCCGCGCCCUCAUCCAAAUCGAUACUAGAGUCAGGAUUCUUCGGCAGCUCUGGCGGCUCUGACACUGAGGUUUACCGAGCAGAUCUCCUUGUCCAAGACGCAUGUGCAGUAAAACUGACGCCCGAGAUGCUCAAUCGAUACCGAGAGGAAUGGGAGACAACUACAAAGGCCGAGAAAGCACGCGAGACCGAGCUGGAAAAUCUGAAGACCGACUGUGCAACCAAAGCCGCCCAGAUCCGUUCGCUCGAGCAAAGAGCUGAGAAAUCUGACGCAGAACACAUCGAGAUCGCCAAUGAGUUGGUGCGGCUAAAAGUUGAGAACACCGAGUUGCAAGACCGCAACGAGAGCUUGACUGGACAGGUCGCCGAGCUGAAAAAGGUCGCAGAAAGUGAAGCAGCAAACGUCGAGGAGAGGCUCCGCGCGGGAACGGAACAGGUCAUGCAGCGCAAUAUCGAGGUGCAGAAUGAGAACCGCCAUAUGGAAGAACAAAUGGCCGAAAUGGAGCGGGAGCUCGUGGAGAUAAAGAUGAAGUACGCUGAGCUCAAUGCCGAACAUGAAGCGCUCAAGCAGAAAUGGAACGACUUGAAACGAGCCCUCGAAUGAGAUCAUCUUCAUGUCUGUUGACAGUCGACAUCUUUAUUCAGGAGACCUCCGUGCAACCCAUUCGACGCCUCGGAGCCAAUGCAGCCUUGACCUCGCUUCCGGUCAUCAAUCAUCUGCUUGGCUAAUGCUCACGUUGUAUAUUCCACCGAUGUUUUCUGACUCUUAAGUACGGUCUUUCCUGCUUUCUAUACCCCAAGUCAUGAAUGAUGGAACCAAGCAUAGCGCGGGCGAUAUAUGGUUUGCAGCAUCUGCUUUGACGGUACGACAUCGGAUCUUUCCGAAUGGCUUCAGGUGUUUGUGAGGGUGGAUUGAAGAAUGAUCCUUUGUCUUGGAGAUCCUGAUCCACGAAUAGCGGCUUAUCCAUUGUUCCGGAGAGGUAGCAACGGAAAUCUCGCAGAGGUUUGGCUCGGCCUGUUGAGUUCAGGAGCCACCUAUUCUGCCGGUGCCAUAACUGCUCUGUGGGGUCUAGCCCACGGACUUGUGUGACUCGACGAAAGGACUUGAUGACCCUUUGAUGCUUUCUUUGCACAAAGAGGCAGAGGAACGGAUUGAUUGAUGUUCAAAAUAUCCUGUAUUGGUAUGGGUGUUGCAGUUAGUAGAGGUCGAUGUGUCUCGCGAGAGACUCGGACGGAGCACAUGACAAUGGAAACCACGUCGAACAGGCAGAACUGCCUCUGUUGACGGCGAUUGAGCACCAUGAUAUAGACCUCGCACGCAUCAAGAUACGAAGCACAGAAUGGU